AUGUUCGAUAAAGACUGCAAAGUGGAUCGAAGACCCGUGGAGAUUGUGGUUCGCGAGGGCCUUCUCAGGACCCUAGAAGAUGCUUACCCAAACGUGCUCUCGGUUGACGAUCUAAUCCGCCUCACCAACGUGGAUGACACGGGUCUGCUUGUUAAACAACUGGAGGAGCUUGAAAAGACUAACGUCAUACAACCAGUUUGUAUCGAGAGUGCCACCGAUAAGAAGAUGGGCUAUCGACGCAAACUCCAUGUUCUUCACAAGGUUGAAGUCAUUGCCGGUGCCGAUAAACUUAAAUCCCUUUCUGAUGAACAGAAACCAACGGUUGCUAUCAUAACGAAUCUCCUUUGCGAAAAGUUGGCAGUCGAUGCCUUAAUCGAACGUGACUCCAACGUGUACACAAUUGGCUAUAUUGGCUCCGUGAAGGUUAUUUCUGUCAAGUUACCCAUGGUUGGUUGGGAACUCCAGGCUAAAAUUUCAUCUGGCAGCAUUACUACUCGACUUUUGGGUACCUUCCAGUCAAUCCAACACGUAAUUCUUGCGGGAGUUGGCGGUGGCGUGCCCCACGUCUACGAAUUCGACAAGCACUCACGCCUUGGCGAUGUCGUCGUCUCUGCACCCGCCUCCUCCUCCUCCUCCUACGCCCAGUGUGAGCCCCCUGGCCCUCCCCAGCCGUGGUAUGUCUUUUGCGAGAAGGUAGUUGAACUCAACGGGACCUCCACCGUUGCCGACAACGCUGAAGCCCACCAACAGCCCGUCGUGUUUGCACAUAAGAACUUCGCCCCCAAGGACCCCGUGUUGCUGAACUGCGCCAAAGCUCUGGCCGAAGCCAGUCCCACGUCCUGGCAUUCGAUUAUAAAGGAGGCCUCAGGCAACCUCAAGGACCACGAAUUCGAUUUCACGCGACCACCUCCGGAGACGGAUAAACUCAAAAUUCAGGUGAGUCCACUCAUUGGUGAUGAGAUGACGGUUGACGUUAAGCAUCCUGAGCCUCCAGCAGAACUGCCUCAACCUCCGCUUGUCCGCUUUGGUUGUAUUGGUUCGGGGCACGCAGUCACGCAAUGCCAUGGCUUACGAGAGAUGUUUGCCAUCAAUCAGCAGCUGCUAGCUUACGAUGCAGAAUUUGAUCAAGUCCUUGAAUCCCUUCUCGGAAACGGAAUCGCGUCCUUCCUGGUUGUACGUGGAAUUGCAGACUACGCGGAAGGUCGACAGGGAACUGAGGCAUCCGGUGGCAUGACCAGUUGGCAACCAUAUUCAGCACUGACAGCGGCCUCAUUUACCCGAGCGCUUGUUCUCAAACUACAGUCCUUGUAG